AUGGUCAGAAGUCUCAGUGAUGAGAGCGAACAUGACGGCAUCGGACGAUGGUUUGACAACGAUGACGAGUCAGUUCAAUCGCCACAGCCAAUUCCCAUGGGAGAGGACCAGGACGCUAAGGAAAUCCCUGUCAACGUCGGCUCACCGAAGGAGAUGCUAGCCUUUCUGACCGAUCUCCAACAAAAGACAGAAGAGGCUCGACUAUUACAACCUGUCACAAAUGUACCAUCAGUGUCGUCUGUGCCUUCACUCAACCUAUCGGAUGAGACGAUGAGCUGUAGUUGCAGCACGCGCUCCGUUCAAAACGGUACCGGUUUAUCUGCUGAUGACGAAAAUGCAACUUCGAAACAUCGCGGUCUUGCGAUCGUAGAGUACUACGAUGAAGAUGCCCAAGAUGCUGCUUCAGACUCUUCGUCAGACAGCUCUGGGAGUUUGUCUCCCGUCUCCUGCCUGUCACCAAGUAACACAAAUAUCACAUCACCAGGCUCAGAUGGGUCUGACCGGGAUUCCAUAGACUCAUUUGACGAAAUGCCUGGGAGCGCCUACGAGCCCCAUCCAACCGAGACAGCUCUAUGGCGCUUGCAAGGCUCUGGCUGGGACUACGAGAGUGACCCAGAGACAAACUAUCCGGAUCUGCACGAGCAAGCCCGUGAUGCAGGCGACGAUGAUAACGGUGAAGCGAAGGAGUCCACGCGCCAGGAGGAGCCUACAGCCACUGAAGUUGGUUGUACAACGGCGACAGAAACCAGCGCUCUCAUACAGCACAAGGACCAGCAACCUAAGCGUGCAGCUCAAGACGACGAGAACGAGCAUCAACAAGUGUCACGGGCGAAAAAGCCUAAAAGGCAAGAGGACUCCCACCUCCGGCUGGCUUGCCCUUUCUACAAGCACGACCCGAUUCAAUAUCGCCGCUGUCACUCCCACGUCCUCAAGCGCAAUAGCUACGUCAAACAACAUCUCUUCCGCAGUCAUAUGCAGCCCAUACACUGCGACAUAUGUCUUAGCGUAUGGCCGACUGCCGAAGAGCUUCGAGAGCAUCGUCGUGCUCAAGUAUGCGAGAGACGAGAGUACAUUGCCCCCGAUGGCAUUACCCCCGAACAAGAACGUAAACUGCGAUCGCGGCUUGGAGGCCCUAACAAAUCAGAGAGUGAUCAGUGGUUCGAUAUCUAUAGUAUUAUUUUCCCAGAUGACGAAAGACCAAAGUCAGCGUAUUUGAACGGCGAAUUGUCGGAGGAUGCAGAGAGUCUUCGCGAGUUUAUGGAAGGUCGCGGGACGAAUUUGAUAAUGGAACAAUUAAUAAUGUCGGGUCUUAUUAUGAGUGAAAAUAAUAGUAGCCGUGAGAUGGAGGGGAAGUUUCAGAGAAGUGUACAGAACGCUCUCAGAACUAUGUUUGAGGGAUGGCAGAAUCGGAGAGAGGGCGUUGUUGAAGAUGACAGCGGUCGGCAGACCAAGAGGCUCAAACCAACGCCCAGAGAGUUUCCAUACAUCAAGGCUCAGACGCCGGUGAGGACUGACACUGGGAGUACGAAUACCACUGAGACAAUGCUGGAAGAUCAAAUUGAAGGGGAACAGAUCGGGCCAACUAUUUCAUCCCCUCAACAAACAGGAGAGAUUGUCCACGGACUUUGGAAGUCACCUUCCUAG